AUGCUUACAUCCCAGACUGACAUAUUUACUUGGAAACUGGUCGAAUUGGGCAACCUGUUUAAGUUGCGUGUCAGAUCGGACGGCUCCGGGCUCAACUCGAGCUGGCUGUUGUCGCGGGUUGAGGUGGCCGAUCUGUCACGUGGCUCUGGCUCAAGCCUGACCAGUUUGCGAGAGACACUCCCUGAAGUCUCUCAACGAGGAGUCAGUGCAAAUGGUUAUAGUGUGUUCCACUGCGAGCGUUGGCUGUCAAAGUCAAGAGAAGACAGACGACUGGAGCGAGUGUUGUACGUUGAAGGUUAUACGGGGCCCCGGGAUCCGGUUAGUUCGGCUUCAAUGGGGAAUAUGCGUCUUUCAAAUAGCUCGUUGACUUCGACGGAAUCUGGUGCCACUGCAAGCUCCAAAACCGGGCUCAACGUCAACAUAUCUACAGGCCACUUCCGAAUACCUCGCGCCAACUACGGCUCUGGGCUCCUACCGGCCAGUCAGUCGUUCAGUCAAUUACCCCUACACAAGUUGACGAGAGCGGAUCUGGACAAAGCCGGAUUUGGGUUGAAACUGGAUCAAGUAGAUGAACAAAGUGAGUGUACCACAAUUAGCAAGUGCUUUUAUUAG